GCAGUGGGGAGUGGCUUCAACAGUGACACACACACAUGGGGUGUGGCUAUGAAACUGUCACAUUAUAUGAGACCGGGGAACGUGCUGAGCUUAGGCUGCUCCUGAUUGGUCUCCUAUUGAAGGGUCGGGGAGACAGAGGGAGAGUGGGAGUCGAUCCCCGGGGUGCAGAGCAGAUCAGGAGCCUUUCUGUGAAUGGGAUCCGGCUAGUGAAUUGCUGGUUAUGUUUCCUGCUUUCAGUCCUGACUCUUACCCACAAUGCUUUGCUUCUGGCUGAGACAGGGGCUCUCUGUUUUGCCCAUCAGAGGGGUCGUACAGAGGGGGGCUUCCCUAGGGAGAAGAUGGAGGAGGAAGGUAACGCUUUACACCCCAAUAAAGUCCAUCCCCAGGGUGUCACUGAUCUGCUGGGCUGCCAGAGAGGGGACACAAUCAGCCCUGCACCAAUCACAAGGAGCGGGGCCCCUGACACAGGAAUGUGGGCCCCAAGAAUAUACCGGGCACAGGCCCCCCCCAGGUAUCCUCAUCAGGAUUAUCUUCAUUAUCCGCCUGGGGGUGCGCGCUGGGCUGCUCUUUCUCAAAUUUGGGCCCCUUCUGUGUCUUUAUCCCCUGACGUUUGUCUCUGUCACAUUCUCCUCCCUGUGGCUCCAGCUUUUAUUAAAAGCCACCGAGACGUCAGGACCCGCCUGCAUUAAACUGGGCCAGUGGGCUAGCACUCGGCGGGACCUUUUCUCUGAAGACUUCUGCAACUUGUUUUCCAAGCUCCACGUUAAGGUGGCCCCCCACCCAUGGGAGUACACGGAGCGCUGCUUGCGCCGAGCCUUUGGCACCAACUGGAACCAAGCGCUGAGGUUUCACAGCAGAGAUCCGGUGGGCUCCGGUUGUGUGGCCCAGGUCUAUAAAGCCUACGCCCAUCUCUCCGCUAUUGGUCACUUUAACCUUCAGGCUUUGACUGACAGCUCCGACCAUGAGAUGAUUGGUUACGAGGCCUGGGAAGUGCCGGGGCUUAUGGGUAUCCUUGGGCGCCUUUGGCAGUGGAGAAAGAAAAACAAAGUAGUUCCCACAGACACACCUGGAGGGACAUCACAUUUCCAACAAGAUACCCAGGAAACCCCAUUGUACCCCGAUGGGUCAGACACCCCACAACUGAUUCCUGUGGCUGUAAAAGUCCUACACCCCGGCCUUACCCAACAUGUGCGGAUGGACAUUCUCCUGAUGAAGACGUGGAGCCGACUGAUUGGCUGGAUCCCUGGAUUCAGGUGGCUGAGCCUGACGGAGAUGGUGGAAGAGUUUGAGAAACUGAUGACCCACCAAAUCGACCUGCGCUUUGAAGCUCGCAAUCUAGAGAUUUUCCAGGAAAAGUUUGACAAGGCGGAAUUCAUCAGGUUUCCGACCCCCCUGCGACCGUUGGUCACUCGAAAUAUCCUGGUUGAGACCUUCGAGGAAGGGGAAACGUUGUCCCUGUACCUGCGAGAGCCAGACGCUGCUCAGAUAAAACAAAGGAUCGCUGGCAUGGGGGUGGACAUGUUGCUGAAAAUGAUAUUUACAGAUAAUUUUGUCCAUGCUGACCUGCACCCCGGGAAUAUCCUGGUGCAAGGGGUUCACCAGUACGUCACCGGUUCCCCGGACCAAACCACCCUGGUGGAUAUGUGCGACACGCUUAUCGUAGACGUGCGGCCGGCCCGUUGCCCGCUCAGGCUGGUGGUGCUCGAUGCCGGCAUCGUGGCCGAACUGCAGGAAAAGGACCUGCAGAAUCUAAAGGCUGUUUUCACGGCUGUACUGCUGGGACAGGGCGAGAAGGUAGCGGAGCUGAUCUUACACCAAGCCAGAGCCAAUCAGUGCACAGACGUAGAGGGCUACAAGAAGGACAUGGCGGAGCUGGUGGCAGAGGCCAGGAAGAGGACAGUUGCUUUGGGAAAGUUGCAAGUGGCGGUUCUGCUGUCUCGGCUUUUUCGGAUUCUGAUGGCGUACAAGGUAAAGCUCGAGAGCAACUUUGCGUCGGUGAUAUUUGCUGUUAUGGUUCUGGAAGGACUCGGCCGCUCUCUGGAUCCGGAGGUGGAUAUAUUGGAGGCGGCUCGGCCUCUCCUGUUGAAAAACGCUGCUUCCCUGCUGAUCUAGACUCCAGCCAUGAGUUUGGAACCGGAGCUGUAAACUCCUGGAAUGGAGGCCGUGUCUGAGGAUGGGAAGAUGGACCAGAUCAUGGAUGGAGAUAUCUCAACUUCUGGUCGCAGAGAUGUCAUUAAUUUGGGUAUUGGGUGAAUUUUGCCUUGUUGGCUCCCACAGCAAUGGGAACAAUGCACCUCCACCUACAUCUUCACUUGGGAGAACCUGAAUAUCUCCCAUGAGAGAAUGGAAAAAAACCAAAAAGUUGGAUCUCCUCAAAAUAAUUGGUUUUACUCUGAAGUUUACGAGCAGGUAAAGGUCCGGGUGUGAAAGCAAAUAUGGAAUGAUUUAUUACCCUCAAUACAGUAUAAUGCACAGACUAUCAGAUCUAGUCCCCCUGAUUCUAAAUGGUAUGGUCCACUGGAGACCCAUUAAAGAAGGAGUUCUCCUUGGAUUUGCUAAUUGACUUCUUCAUGGUUUGGUCAGUCAUUUUUCAUUCUUCCUGGUGUUGCCUGAAAUCUCACCCUGGACUUACUGUAGGAGCAGUGGAAAUAAAGGUGCUGCCCAUGUUUAUUAGGGGUACACACAUUGGAAUUUUGGGCGGCUGCAUCACGAUGAAAGGGAUAUUUUUAUACACUACCUCAAAGGACAAUUGGAGGAGACAGGAGCAAAUUGAGGAUGAAGGCUUUAUUAAGGAGGAGGGUGCAUGGGGGUGCAGAAGCAUGAAGCACCACAAGGAGGAGGAGGCUGAAGGAAGAAGGGAGGCCUGGGGACGAACCUAAACUUUGACAUGAGUCUGGUGGGAAGAUGCCUGUCAAUAAGGUUAUUUAGAAUUGCAGCCAUAAAGAAAACACCAUAUGUGCUCCGCCCUACAGUCAGUCACAUGACUUUGAGGAACAGGAAAUAAACAAAUGUUUAGGUUG